AUGGCCACCCCAAUUCCCGCCCACGAUCCUCUGAAGAGUGACGAGGCCAACGAUGCCGGAUGGGAAGCCGGCAAAGGAGGCCUCGUCGGUGCUGCCAAAUGGGGCGUUGGAGCGGCAAUCCUGGGUGGCGCGGCGUAUUUCUGGUCGCCAGUCUACCGCAAGACGACCGUCCAGUUCAAAGUUUAUGUCCAAAUGUCAGCAAUGGUUCUUGGAGGCAUGAUCGCAGCAGAUCAGCGCCUGAGGCAAUAUGAAGCUCAGGUAAGAGCUCAACGAAGGUGGCUGAGGGAGAAGGCAAAGUGGGAUAGGUACGAGCAGGAGGUUGCACAGAACAACAAUAAAUGA